GAGAGAGGAGAGAGAGAGAGGUGGGGGUGGGGGGAAGAAAGUAAUUUCUCCUGUUGAAAAGUUCGGCUCUGAGCAGAACCUGGAGAGCAGAACUACACCAGGAGAAACACGUGGCGGACUGAAAUGAGUCCUGAGAGCUCCACGUUCCUGUAGACACUCUGCACUGAGGAACCGAACAAACACAUAUCUCCCCAGCAGGCUGGAGAAAUCUCAAACACAUGUGAGGAUUGAGUUCUACACACACUCGGGAUAAAUUCAUCCUGACAGUUCUGCUCAAAUCAAACACAAACCAUGUCGGAUCACUGGUGGAAAAAACUAAAUGUGUUAUUUUAAUUUAAAACAUAUUUCCAGAUUCAGUGUUUUAAAAUGACUGUAAAAAAACCUUAGGAGGUCAGAAGCUCCAGCAGAGGAACCUGAGGAACCCUGAAGAAGCUGUUCUUUCUAAGAGUGCAGCAUUGUAAAAGUUCUAAGUCUGAUUCUCUGUGUUCUUGUGCUUGAGAGAGAAACAUGAGACAUGCAUCUACGUUUAAUCAGAAACCCAGUUCUCCAGCACAGAUUCUCCUUCUACUCCAUUCACUUCACUUCAGCGAUUUUAACAAUGAACUUUGUCUAGAAGCAGCUUCUCACAAAUAAAGUGGUUCUCUAGGUUCCAGUUAGACCUUUAAAGCAUGAGAAUCCACUGGUGUGUUCAGAUUCUUUUCCUCAUUCUUUUAUUCAGAACUGUUUCCUGUUCAGUUUCGCUUCAUCUCCAGAAACAUUAAGGGUCACUGAACUGGGGGUCACUAAUGAGAACCCAUGAGGAACCUUUUUUCUCAAAAGUGUCAGACUGGUGGAGAAGAUCAAAAUAGCUCCAGUAUGUUCUGGAGGUUUUUAUCAGGAGGAUUUAAUUGAGAGGUUCUGCAGUAAGCACUGUAUCAAGGUGCUACUGGAUCAGGUGGAGGAACCUGAAGAACAUCACAAGCAAUCGUACAAAUUUUUCAAUGUUUUACACAGAACUCGGGAGACAGAAACCACAGAACCCAUAAAGAAAUAAAGAAUAAAAAGUUCUAGGGAUUUAAGAGGAAAAUCGUCGGUGAAAUAAACCAGAGGUUUGAUUUUUUGGAAGAUGUUUAGUUUUCUCUCUCAGCUGAUGAUUCUGAAGCUCUUUUAAUUUCACUCAUGAAAAAAGAAAAACAAAUCUGAACCCGUUUCACCAACACUCAAACCGAAAGUGUGUUUGUGUGUGAGUGUGUGUGUGUGAGUGUGUGUGUGUGUGUGUGUGUGUGUGUGUGUGUGUGUUGCAUGUUCCUGCUCCUCCUCUUCGCUCUGGUGUUUUUUCUCUUCGUAUGUACAGAACAGGAACCGGAGCUCGAGCCUUUUGUCUCGCGCUGUCGGUCAUCAUGUCGAGCUCGCGCACGAUGCAGUACAUUGGGCUGCUGCUGCUCGCCGCCAUCCUGCUGCAGACCAUCGCUGUGGCCGUCACCUUCAUCUACUUCAGCAAUGUCCUGAGCACGAUGAAGGAGACGUUUUCCAAAAGCAGUGUGUCGUGUCUCAUGCGCUCGAACCUGCGGGUGCUGAAAGGCUCUGACCCGAGCAGCUCGGAGGGGAAGGACGAUCCCUGCUGGCAGGUCACACAACAACUCCACUUCCUCAUCGAGAAGUCGAUGUCACAUCGCUACCAGGACGAAAUCUCCUCAGCAGUUAAAGAUGAAGUGUCGCGAGUUCUUCCAUCGUUGGUGAUUCAGGACCAGGACGCCGUCUCAAGGCCCAAGAUCGCUGCUCACGUUACAGGCAGCUACACGCCAGACUCAGACCGGGAGAUCGGAGGUGCCUCCAACAGGAAGGUGUAUGGCCAAAAAAUCCAGUCGUGGGAAUCCGAGAAAGGCCUGGCGUUCCUCCAGAAUGUGGAACUGAACGACGGAGAGCUGGUGGUGCCGCAGGCUGGACUCUACUACAUUUAUUCUCAGACGUACUUCAAGCACAUGCUGAUAGAGGAAGAGGAAGAGGAGGAAGAGGAGAAAGACGAGGGUGCGGCCCGUGGAAAGCCGAUGCUGCAGUAUGUCUAUAAAAAGGUGGGUUCUUAUCCGGUGCCCAUCCUCCUGAUGAAGAACGCGAGGACGACCUGCUGGUCUCGGGACGCUGAAUUUGGCCUCUACUCCAUCUACCAGGCGGGGCUUUUCCAGCUCGCAGGCGGAGACCGGCUGUUCGUAACCGUCAGUAACGUGAGCACCAUCGAAAUGGACGAGAAGUCGAGUUUUUUUGGUGCGUUUCUGGUCAGCUAGGUCCAAGACUCUCCACGCUCCUGUUUCAGAGAAACAGAACAGGACUCGGCUUUUUUACUGAGAUCUCUUUGAAACGAUGCGAGAGAUUAAAUCGUCUGUAUAUGUGUGCUGAGCGAGUUCACCAGACUCACACUGAUGAGAUCUCGGAGACGUGGGUGAGUUCGGCUUCACUUUAUUAGAAAAAAUAUAUAAAAACCCCACGAGGGAGUCAGAAACCCACAGAGCGUCAGAGAUGGAGCUGAAUUGGAGCUGAGUGUGCUCGAGAUGCAGCAGGACAUUGGGGAGAUGCAGCAGGACAUUGGGGAUCACAACGUCUGCUCACUGAGACACAGAGAGAAAAUUCCUACUCUGUAUCUUCACAGCGAAACCAGACGAUAUUUUACAGCAGACUGAGGAACCACACUGAGGUCUGAUUCAGCAGCAACAUCACUGGUGGUGUUUCAUCACAGCAGCAUGUCGUCGAUCUGUACAGUUUUUUCUGUUGAAUUCAGAAGCAAAACAAAGACAUGAGGAAAGUUCUGGAUAAUCUUUUUUUUCUUCUUCAUGUUCAAACUGUUUUUUUUUUUAUAAACGACUUUGUCAUGAACUUUCAGCUUCAUCACUGCUUUGAUGUUCAUGUAAUUUAUGAUUGAAUAAAAACAGAAUCACGAAAAUUAAUCAGAAUGUGUACAAGUCAAACCUGAGAAUCAGCUCUGUACAUUUAUUCAUCCUUUUUAAUGAAAUGUGACACUGAAUAAAGUCUCCUGGGACGUCUGGA